GGCGGCGGGCGCGGGCUGCCUUCGUCGGGCCCCGAGCUCGCCUGGAGCGAGUAGCCGCCCGCGAGCCGCCGCGGAGCCUCCUCGCCCGCUCCCGCCGGCGAGCAAGAUGAUGUGCGAGGUGAUGCCGACCAUCAGUGAAGCAGAAGGCCCCCCAGGAGGAAGUGGGAGCCAUGGGUCCAGCUCCCCUUCACAGCCAGAUGCAGAUUCACAUUUUGAACAGUUGAUGGUCUCCAUGCUGGAAGAGAGGGACCGUCUCCUUGACACUCUGAGAGAGACCCAAGAAACGCUGGCAUUAACCCAGGGGAAGUUACACGAGGUUGGUCACGAAAGAGAUUCCUUGCAGAGGCAGCUCAAUACUGCGCUUCCACAGGAGUUUGCAGCACUUACUAAAGAACUAAAUGUAUGCAGGGAACAGCUCCUUGAAAGAGAAGAAGAAAUCGCUGAACUGAAAGCGGAAAGGAACAACACCAGGCUGCUGCUGGAACAUCUGGAGUGCCUGGUCUCGCGGCACGAGCGGUCCCUCAGGAUGACGGUGGUGAAGCGGCAGGCGCAGUCCCCGGCAGGCGUGUCCAGCGAGGUGGAAGUGCUUAAAGCGCUGAAGUCGUUAUUCGAGCACCACAAAGCCCUGGAUGAGAAGGUGAGAGAACGGUUACGAGUAGCACUUGAAAGGUGUAGUUUGUUAGAAGAAGAAUUAGGUGCCACACAUAAAGAGCUAAUGAUUCUUAAAGAACAGAAUAACCAGAAAAAGACACUAACGGACGGGGUGCUUGACAUAAACCACGAGCAAGAGAACACGCCCAGCGCGAACGGAAAGAGAUCUUCUGAUGGUUCUCUAAGCCAUGAGGAAGACCUGGCUAAAGUGAUUGAGCUCCAGGAAAUCAUAGACAAGCAGUCAAGAGAGCAGAGCCAGAUGAAGGAGCGCCUGGCCGCCCUGUCUAGUCACGUGACAGAGCUGGAGGAAGAUCUGGACACGGCCAGAAAAGACCUCAUCAAAUCUGAGGAAAUGAACACAAAACUGCAGCGGGAUGUUCGUGAAGCCAUGGCCCAGAAGGAAGACAUGGAAGAGAGAGUCACUACCCUCGAGAAACGCUACCUCGCAGCACAGCGUGAAGCCACCUCUGUGCACGACCUCAACGAUAAACUGGAAAAUGAGAUUGCAAAUAAGGAGUCUAUGCAUCGACAGACUGAGGAUAAAAACCGCCAGUUGCAAGAGCGCCUGGAGCUGGCGGAGCAGAAGCUGCAGCAGACCCUGCGGAGAGCAGAGACCCUCCCCGAGGUGGAGGCGGAGCUGGCCCAGCGGGUGGCCGCGCUCUCCAAGUCUGACCUUUUGUCUUCUGGAAACUCUGCCGCUAAGGACGCUAAACUGUUUGAACUUACUUCCCAGCUUAGGAAGGCCGAAGAGAGACACGGCAACAUCGAGGAGAGGCUGCGCCAGAUGGAGGCACAGUUGGAGGAGAAGCACCAGGAGCUGCAGCGGGCAAGGCAAAGAGAAAAAAUGAAUGAAGAACACAAUAAACGUUUAUCAGACACUGUUGACAAACUUCUUUCAGAAUCUAACGAGAGGCUUCAGCUUCAUCUUAAAGAAAGAAUGGCAGCUCUGGAAGAUAAGAAUUCCCUCCUACGAGAAGUUGAAAAUGCAAAAAAGCAAUUAGAAGAAAUGCAACAUGAUAAGGAUCAGCUUGUACUAACCCUGGAAGCCUUGAGAGCUGAACUGGACCAGACGGGGCUGAGAGGGGCUCCCCUACACCACAGCCGACCCCACUUGGGCAGCGUCCCAGAUUUCAGGUUCCCUGUGGCAGACGGGCCCUCGGACUCCUUCAGCAGCAGCGCGGUGUUGCGACGCCCCCAGAAAGGCCGGCUGGCAGCGCUGCGCGACGAGCCUUCCAAGGUGCAGACCCUGAACGAGCAGGACUGGGAGCGUGCCCAGCAAGCCAGCGUGCUGGCGAACGUGGCCCAGGCGUUUGAGAGCGACUUGGACGUGUCUGACGGUGAAGGAGACAGGGACACCCUCUUCAGCUCGGCCACUCUGCUGUCGCCCAGCGGGCAGGCCGAUGCCCAGACCCUGGCCAUGAUGCUUCAGGAGCAGCUGGACGCCAUCAACAAAGAGAUCCGGUUGAUACAAGAAGAAAAGGAGAACACGGAGCAGCGGGCAGAGGAGAUUGAGAGCAGGGUGGGCAGUGGGAGCUUAGACAGCCUUGGUCGAUUUCGAUCAGUGAGCUCCAUCCCCCCGUACCCUGCUUCCUCUCGGGCCAGCUCUUCCCCUCCCAGCAGCGGGCGGCCCACCCCUCGAAGGGCCCCGCACAGCCCGGCAAGGGAAGUGGACAGACUAGGCGUCAUGACUCUGCUGCCAGCUUCCCGAGAAGAGGUACGAGACGACAAGACGACCAUCAAAUGUGAAACCUCGCCCCCCUCCUCCCCGCGGUCCCUUCGGCUGGACCGGCUGCACACAGGGGCGCUGCACACAGCCAGCCACGAGGACAUCAGGGACGCACGCAACUCGACAGGCUCGCAGGACGGCCCCGCGAGCAACCCCAGCAGUAGCAACAGCAGCCAGGACUCGCUGCACAAAGCCCCCAAGAAGAAGGGCAUCAAAUCCUCUAUCGGCCGCUUGUUCGGCAAGAAAGAGAAGGGCCGACCUGGAGCCCUUGGCAAGGAAUCGCUGGGACAAGCUAUUAUUUCAGAGACAGAAAACUCAUCUCAAGAUGCCUUGGGACUCAGCAAAUUGGGAGGACAGGCUGAAAAAAAUCGUAAACUUCAAAAAAAGCAUGAAUUGCUCGAAGAAGCCCGGAGACAAGGCUUACCCUUUGCACAGUGGGACGGGCCGACUGUUGUCGUCUGGCUGGAGCUCUGGGUCGGGAUGCCGGCCUGGUACGUGGCUGCUUGCCGAGCCAACGUGAAGAGCGGGGCCAUCAUGUCCGCCCUGUCGGACACGGAGAUCCAGCGCGAGAUCGGCAUCAGCAACCCUCUGCACCGGCUGAAGCUGAGGCUGGCGAUUCAGGAGAUCAUGUCCCUGACAAGUCCGUCAGCCCCUCCUACGUCAAGAACGACACUGGCAUACGGGGACAUGAACCACGAGUGGAUCGGCAACGAGUGGCUGCCCAGCCUGGGCCUCCCGCAGUACCGGAGCUACUUCAUGGAGUGCCUCGUGGACGCACGGAUGCUGGACCACUUGACCAAGAAAGACCUUCGCGGGCAACUGAAAAUGGUUGACAGUUUUCACAGAAACAGUUUCCAGUGUGGAAUUAUGUGCCUGCGAAGGUUAAAUUAUGACCGGAAAGAACUGGAAAGAAAAAGAGAAGAAAGCCAGAAUGAACUAAAAGAUGUGCUUGUUUGGAGCAACGAUCGAGUGAUUCGCUGGAUCCUCUCCAUUGGUCUCAAGGAAUACGCAAACAAUCUCGUAGAGAGCGGUGUGCACGGCGCCCUUCUGGCCUUAGACGAAACCUUCGACUUCAGCGCACUGGCCCUCUUGUUACAGAUCCCUACGCAGAACACACAGGCUCGUGCUGUCUUGGAAAGAGAGUUUAACAACCUUUUGGUCAUGGGGACCGACAGAAGGUUCGAUGAAGAUGAUGAUAAAAGCUUUAGGAGAGCACCUUCUUGGAGAAAAAAAUUUAGACCAAAGGAUGUUCGUGGCUUAGCUGCUGGGUCAGCAGAGACUCUCCCCGCAAACUUCCGGGUCCCGUCCUCUCUGUCCUCGCCCUCUGUGCAGCCAAAGAAGAUGCAGCUGGACGGCAGCGUGGCGGGAGCGCAGAGGCUGGACUCCGCUGCAGUCAGGACUUACUCCUGCUGAGCCCCCGCGGUUUACCCACACUACUUCUACAGAUGAUUAUGCAGCAUUUUGAAUCCAGCAAAGACUACAUUUUGAGCUCAAUGGAAUCUUUAAUCUGUUAAUACUUGUUAUAUGGACCCUAAGAUAUUUUAUUACAGAGUUUUUAAUUAGUGAAAAAUUCAUGAAUACCAUAGAGAAAAUAUUUUAGAAUUUAAUGUUUCUUAUAUUUAUGUAAACUUAUGACUUCAUUUCUAUAGUUACUUACUUUUUCAUGUAUAUCCAGGCUAUAAAUAUCCUUUCAGAUCAAUUCAUGUUCUUAUAUCUGAUUUUAGUCUUUCAAAGGAAUGUACUGUAAUGCUUGUAUGUAUAAAUCCUAUGAACAAAUAGAGGGCUUUUGUAAAUUAUGCAUUUAUUGUAAUUAUUCUUGUUUAAUUUUUUAAUGAUAAACCAUGACAGAGAAAAGGAUUUUACUGCGUUUGUAAAAUCAUCAUGACACAGUGUGCAUAUCCUUUACGAAGUGUAACCUAGCCCUACAACAAUCAUUUUGAAAGAAGCCAACUUACUUUCAAGCAAUUGUUGUAUUUUAAUGACUGACCUUAGCUAUACUUUUUCUAGCAAGAAAUGCUUUACUCUGUAGCGUGAAGAGAUUAAAAAUACGGGAUGUUAAAUAUCAGCUUCUAAUCAAAUUUGGACUGAAAGGAUCAUUAGAACACUAUGAAAAUCUCGUAGGACCGGUGAACUCUUCCAUAGCCUGGCCUCUGUGGAUCCGGAUACCUCGUCUUGGGUGACUGGCAGAAGCCACGAGCUGGGGGAAGAGCGACUCCGGUGGGGGGGGUGGGGCCUGGGCCCCCGCAGCCCGCCGCGCCCGCCCCCUUCCCAGCCCCCCUCCUGGGAAGCCGGGUCAAGGGCGCCGACUCUUAGAGGACCAAUCACGAAGCACUGCACUCACUGGGGAGACACUGGUGCACGCGGAAGGUGAAGGCACGAGAUCCUGAAAAUAAUGUAGUGCAGCUCUCAUCAAGGCCUUAUUUUUCUGAUGUAAAUCAUCCUUUUACAUUUGUCUGUAAACAUGUUUAAAGAAUGGACCUAGUCGUACAUUUUUAGAUUUUGACGAUAUAGCCAUUUUGGAUUGUAUAAGUAGCAAAUGUAACUUUUACUUUUAAAAUGGCGUAUUAAAAAGCCAGCAAGAGAUGUGUUCAGAUCAUGGUGCAUUAUUUAUUACGCAGCUGAUGUACCGGUAGACAGAGAUGGCGUGUCUUUUUACAUUUGGGCUCUGCCUUUAAUUUACUUGUACAGUUCACUGUUACCGUUCUGUUUUUCUAUUCCUCUUUUGUGAACUUCCUGAUUAUGUAACAAAGUAUGUACAGUCUACUUUUGAACUAUUUUUAUCACAGUAUUAUUUAUUGCUUUCU